AACAAACUAACAACCCACUCUUCAUUCCCUGUAUAUAAAUAUGUAUGCAUAGUCACUACAAUCCAGCCACCUCCUACUCCUCUCCUACACAGUAACAGAUUAGAUUUUACUACUGAAUCUUCGUCGUAGGCGUUGGAGUUUGAUUUGACUGAAAAGGAGGUGUUUUGUCAACACCAUGGCGACCGGACAGCUUUUCUCGAAAACCACUCAAGCAUUGUUUUAUAAUUACAAGCAACUGCCGAUUCAGCGGAUGCUUGAUUUUGAUUUCCUUUGUGGCAGGGAAACACCAUCUGUUGCUGGAAUUAUAAAUCCUGGUUCUGAGGGAUUCCAGAAACUAUUUUUUGGUCAAGAGGAAAUUGCGAUUCCAGUCCAUUCUGCUAUCGAAGCCGCUUGUGCUGCGCAUCCGAAAGCUGAUGUUUUCAUUAACUUUGCAUCAUUCAGAAGUGCUGCAGCUUCAUCUAUGGCUGCUCUCAAGCAGCCAACAAUCAAAGUUGUGGCCAUUAUAGCUGAAGGUGUCCCUGAGUCUGACGCCAAGCAGUUGAUUGCCUAUGCCAAAGCAAACAACAAGGUUGUCAUUGGUCCAGCAACAGUCGGAGGUAUUCAAGCUGGUGCAUUUAAGAUCGGUGAUACUGCUGGGACAAUUGAUAAUAUUAUACAGUGCAAACUGUACAGGCCAGGGUCUGUUGGCUUCGUAUCAAAAUCUGGUGGUAUGUCUAAUGAAUUAUACAACACAGUUGCUCGUGUCACAGACGGGAUAUAUGAAGGUUGGACAUUUUUCUCUACCGUAUUCUAAUCCCAUUUAGUUGCGUUUGUUGAGUAAAA